AUGGUGGCUAGUGAACCAGGGGUAGAUUAUGCUCCAUUAUUUUAUAAAGAUUUAGAACAUGAAAAAGAUGAGAAACUUGGUGUUUUCAAGGGUAAAUUUGACCAAAUGAUAACAUUAACAAAUGAAAGCAAAGACAUUUUAUACAAAUGGAUACAAUUUCUACCAUUAGCGAAAAAACCUAUUAUAAGAAAUGCCCCUGGUGUCAUUUUAUUCAGUGAUUCAAGCAAAACAGGUUGGGGUGGAGUUAAUAAAACAAACAAUACAAAUACUCGGGGAUUAUGGGAUGAAUUUGAAAAAGAGGAACAUAUUAAUAUUUUAGAACUUAAAGCAGCAAUGCUUACUAUACAAUCGUUGGCUGCGGAUGUUAAGAAUGAACAUUUGAGGAUAUAUAUGGAUAAUACAGUUGCAAUUGCUUAUAUAAACAAAUUUGGGGGGAAAUCCUUAAAUUUGCAUAAAGUAGCUAAAGAAAUUUGGUGGUGGUGCAAACAAAGGAAUAUCUGGUUAAGUGCCGCUCAUAUUCCAGGGAAAGAUAACUAUGAAGCAGAUAGAUUAUCUAGACAAGUUAAUGAAGAUAUAGAAUGGCAGUUAAAUCCAACAUAUUUUAAAAUGUUAGAACAGAAAUUUGAUCAGUCACUGUCUUCAGAAAAUAAUCCUCGACAGAGUGAAUUCAGCGGUAUUGAUUGCUCCAUUAUGGCCAACACAGGUGUGGUUCAGUCAAUUAUUACAACAGAUUUGUGCCCAGUCAUACAUUCUACCAAAACAACAAACGUUAAUUCUGCCAAAAAAUCCACACAAGCAACAUCCUGUUCAGAAGAUGCGACUGGGAGCCUUUGUCUUAUCAGGGAACAGCUCCAAAACAGAGGCCUAUCAGAAAAAACUAUCGAAAUUAUUUUACAAUCAUGGAAAACAUCAACAACAAAGCAGUAUGGGUCUUAUUUCAGAAAAUGGCUGCUUUUUUCAAGUUCAAAACAAAUUGAUUCACUUAACCCAUCUACAGUGACAGUUUUAGAAUUUUUAACUGAAUUAUAUGAAAGUGGGUUAGGCUAUAGUGCUAUCAAUACAGCGAAAUCUGCUAUUUCAUCUACAUGCAAAUUGAUAAAUGAUAAAGAUAUUGGUAAUGACAUUCUGAUUAAAAAGUUUAUGAGAGGGUUAUUCUCAAUCAGACCAACUUUGCCUAAAUAUGACAAUAUUUGGGAUGUAAAUAAAGUGUUGCAAUAUAUUUCUAGUCUUCCUAACAAUAAUGAACUGAGUUUAUUACAACUGUCUCAAAAAUUGUCAACUUUGUUUAUGUUGUUAACCGGACAAAGAUGUCAAACAAUUCAUUUAGUAAAAUUGUCUGAUUUACAGAUUUGUAAAGAACAAGUAGUUUGUCACGUAUCAGAAUUAGUGAAACAGUCUAAACCUGGGUUACAUGUGAAACCAAUGCAAAUUCGUAGAUACUACAAUGAUCCAAAAUUAUGUUUAGUGAAUACAUUGGAAACUUACAUUAUAAUUACAUCUAAACUUAGAGGGACUGAACUCAAAUUGUUUAUUUCAACUGUAAAACCCUUUAAGGCAGUGACUAAAACUACAGUUGCUAGAUGGAUAAAGCAAUUAAUGCAACAGUCUGGCAUUGAUGUGAACAAAUUUGGUGUUCAUAGUUGUCGUGCAGCAUCAACAUCAGCUGCUGCAAAUAGAGGUGUUCAAAUAGACUCUAUAAUGAAGGCAGCUGGAUGGAGUUCAGCAAAAACGUUUGCUCUAUACUAUAACAAAACUGUUGAACAAUCUUUUUCAGACGUAAUUUUAGAUGGUACAAACAUUUGA